UUCAGCAGCCUUUUCUAACCCCUCGCGUUUUUUCCCAUUUUUAUCCCUUAGCCGCGUAUAUUCUUAUAAUUCACAUAGUACUAGUAAUAAUGGACCCCUCGCACAGCACCCUUGGCCGGUCAGCCCGCAAGAACGCCCCAGCAUAUCGCGGCUCACCGCCGCCUGGCUCACCACCGUCGCAGCCAUCACCACCGCCGCCAGCAUCCCUAGAAACCACGACCAAUACCAACAGCAGCAGUGACUUAGACGAUAACGAGGAGGAGGGCGAUAUCGAUAGCGAGACAGCGCUCAACACAGUCUAUAAUCUCCUCAGCGAGCUUGGCGACCUGAACCGCAGCAACAGAAAGGCAGCCGAGCAGCUUGCCGAGCAGUUCAACGCGCUGCAGGCCCAGGUGGCAAAGGCUGAGACUCAUGGUUCAGAAAACUCGUCAUUAAACCAUGGCAUGGAUGAAACGCCAGACGAAGCCCUGCUGCCACAACCACCCAUCACGCCGUCCCAGACCACGCCGCUGAGCACAUCGUCGUUUGCAGAUUCUGUGUUCCACACGCCACCGCUGGCCCCAAGCAGCGACAUUUAUGAGCACAUCCAGCCGGCGCGUGUGCAGACCGAAGACAGGGAUACACAAUCUGAUAUGUGCGGCAAUGAGAUCGGUGCAAUGGCGGCGCGGAUAGCGGAGCUGGAGAAGGAAAACGGCGCGAUGCGCAGAGACGUGCAGCUCCUGGUUGUCUCGCACAAGGAGCAGCAGAUAAUGGCACGCGACUACGAGGCAGCAUUAGCAAAGGCGUUGCGUGCAUUGCGAACCACGGUGUUGGAUCGCAGCAAGGGGAUCGUCGAGGCACAGGCACGGUACAAGGAGCUACUGGCAACGGAGCAGGAGCUGACAAAACGGCUACAAGCAGAAAAUGCCGAUUUGAAAGACGCCUUGAGCAAUGCUGCCAGCGCCAUCCGGCUGACACUAGCCGACAAUGCCUGAUACAUGUCUCGGGAGUUUGAAAUGAUACUUAUAUAG